ACCCGUGCGCGUUCACCAAUUGCGCGUGUGUAAUCUUCGCGCUACACGUCCGCGAUUUCACGCGCGUCCCCGCGACUAAACAGGUAGUCAGGGCUCGCGCUCACGCAUCAGUUCUGCGGUUCAUACAGGACACGACACGACACAGAGAACCAGAGAGACAAACAGAAAGCGAGACAGACAGACAGACAGACAGACAGCAGUGCUAAGAGAGACAAGACGGGAGCGAUGACGGCGGCGGUGUUUUGCGGGGCUCUGCUGAUGCUGGCCCUGGCCUCAGGCGGGGAUGCUGCGGGGGAAGGAGCAGUCUCCUUUGAGUACCACCGAUACGAGGAGAUGCGGAAAGCGCUGGUGUCCGUUUGGCUCCAGUGCCCCUCCAUCACUCGCAUCUACACGGUGGGCGAGAGUUACGAGGGCCGAGAGCUGCUCGUGCUGGAGAUGAGCGACAGCCCCGGGAUCCACGAGCCUGGUGAGCCGGAGUUUAAGUACAUUGGGAACAUGCACGGUAAUGAGGCCGUGGGCAGAGAGCUGCUCAUCUAUCUGGCUCAAUAUCUCUGUAAUGAGUACCAGGAGGGCAACGACACCAUCAUUGACCUGAUCCACUCCACACGCAUUCACAUCAUGCCCUCCAUGAAUCCUGACGGCUUCGAGAAAGCAGCCUCACAGUCUGGUGAGAUGAAGGACUGGUUUGUGGGCCGCAGCAAUGCUCAGGGGAUUGAUCUGAACCGGAACUUUCCAGAUCUUGAUCGCAUCGUCUACAUGAAUGAAAGAGAGGGUGGAGCCAACAAUCAUCUCCUGAAAAACAUGAAGAAAGCUGUGGAUGAAAACACCAAGCUGGCACCAGAAACUAAGGCUAUCAUUCACUGGAUUAUGGACAUUCCAUUUGUCCUAUCAGCCAAUUUGCAUGGAGGAGACGUGGUGGCCAAUUACCCAUAUGAUGAGACACGCAGUGGUUCUACUCAUGAAUAUAGUGCUAGUCCAGAUGAUCUGGUGUUUAAGUCUCUGGCUAAGGCCUACUCCAGCUAUAACCCAGUGAUGUCUGACCCAAACCGGCCUCCAUGCCGCAAGAAUGAUGAUGACUCCAGCUUCAAAGAGGGCAUCACUAAUGGAGGCGCCUGGUACAGUGUGCCUGGAGGUAUGCAGGACUUCAACUAUCUGAGCAGCAAUUGUUUUGAGAUCACUUUGGAGCUGAGCUGUGAUAAGUUUCCUCCUGAGGACACACUCAAGCAGUACUGGGACCAGAACCGCAACUCGCUGGUCAACUACAUAGAGCAGGUUCACAGAGGAGUGGCAGGAUUUGUUCGUGAUCUCCAAGGGAACCCCAUCUCAAACGUUUCUAUUUCUGUUGAAGGAAUUGACCACGAUAUGACCACAGCUAAGGAUGGUGAUUACUGGCGCCUGUUGGCUCCUGGUAACUACAAAGUGUCAGCAUCUGCUCCUGGGUACCUCACUGUGGUCAAGAAAGUAGCUGUACCCCACAGCCCUGCUACACGGCUGGAUUUUGAGCUGGAGUCGCUGGAAGAGAGGAAGGAGGAAGAGAAGGAGGAGCUCAUGGAUUGGUGGAAGAUGAUGUCAGAGACACUCAACUUCUAACUUACCUGAGGCAGACACCAUCACAAGCAUUAUGGGUGUACUAUAUUUAUUGUUGUCGUAUGUGUGUGCUCAUCAACAUAAAAUAACAUAAUUCCGUUUUUUGGUUUAUUUUGAUUGUUUUACAUUAGAGGCACUGCAUUUGAACAUAUUUACAACAGCCAUAUGCGCAUAAGCCAUUCAUACAUGUUAGCAAAGACAACCAGUGUUAAAGCUGGGCUAAGUAUUUGCAGAUAUGGUUGUCCAUGUAAAUAUGGAUGAAUACAUGUAUUGCCACUAAAUAAAAUGCUAUGUAGGUUUGGUGAAGUGCCCCUAAUGUAAAGUUGAUCCUAUUGCACUGUUUUUGCGAUUUCGAUCAACCUGGUUAGUGUUAUUUUAGAGCAUUGUGUAUCAUUUGCCUGUGUUUCCUGCAGGCAUGCAAAGGUUAUUACAUAUACUGACAGAAAAAGAAUCACGGAUAACACAGAAAGUCGAUAUUGUGGAGGCCGAUCUAUUACUCUUUUGUAAUGUUGUGUUUUACAUUGAUAUUGUGAGAUUAUUUUGUAGCUAUGGUCACCAAUCACACCAACCAAUCAGAGAGCACUGUGUUGUGAUGAACGUACAUGUCAGCAAUGAAUAUUACUAUUUAUUCUGAUCGUGACUGAUUAUGACUGAAGCCAAUGUAGACAGCACUCAUUCACACCUAAUCACAAGUCUCUCUCUGUUCAAACACUGUCCUGUGGUUUUAAAUAACAUUCUGUCAGGACCACUAUCGUCAGAAUGAUAGAUACUUAGCAUAAAGUUUGGUUUGGCGGU